AUGUUGAACCUUCUAAAAUCUUCAGCGUAUUUAUCAUUGCUUUCAGAUGACAUAAGCAAUAAGUCUGAUGAGGAAGUAGGGUGUCAGCAAAUACCAUCAGAAAAAAUUGCAGGAAGUACUCCGAUAUCUCCUAAAACUAAUGAACUUAAAAAAGAUCGCCUGCCAAUUGUGGUAUCAGGGAAAAAUGUAGAAAAACUGAUAGCUAUACCAAAGAUUGGCGGUACUGGCAUAAACAUAGGAACCACAAUAGUUCAGUUACUUCAGAAUUGGGAAGGCGUGUCAAAUUGGUUGCCUGCUUUAUUUGAUUUAUUUUUCACUUCAUCUGGCCCUCAAAUUGCUAUUUUUAGUAGAUUUAAAGAUCAAUGGCCAUCAAUUAAUCAGUUAAAAUAUGCAUCGAUUGACAAGGUAAUAACUGGUUGUUCUUUGACUAAUGAUGAAAAUUUGUGGCUAAAGCAAAAUCGUGUGGCUAUGAUUGAUUUUCUUCAAGACCAACUGGAAAAUACUCAACCUCGACAUGGCUACUUGCAAUUGAUUAGGCUUUCUCUCACAACUCUUGGAGUUUCAGAUCCUACUGCUGUACAAGUCACUCCUCCAGGAGCUUAUCACAGGGCUCGCUGGAUGGCCAAAAGAAUUUAUUGUUUUAAGAUUUUUUGCUUUCGUGAGCAACUGAAGUUAACUGCACAUGAGCUACAAGCAUUAAAGAGACUUUGUCUCUUUACUGUAACUGUAUAUGUAAAGGCAUGGUUUUGUGCAGCAAACAGCUAUAGUGCUCCUUACAGUGAUUUAUGUCUUCUUCAAACUCAGGAAUUAUUUGAAAAAGUUGAUUGCAAAGUUGGAAAAGAAGCAAUGAAAAAAAUUAAAAGGAAUCUUUGGUAUCUAAGCGAAGAUCUUGUUGGAAUGACAUUUGUUUCUGAUUUGGUUAAUGUCGAUGAGAAAAGGCUUAUGGUUAAAGCAUUACCUAAACCAGCAAAAAAAUGA